CAUCCCUGACGUGGGAAACGUUCAAAUUGACUGUUCCUCCGAUUUCCUCCCACUAGCUUCCAUCCCUGGUACAACGCUGUCUUUUGCUAAAAAAAAAAAAAAGAUGAUGAAUAUUUUGGCCAUUUCUCUGGUAUUGUCCACACUUGUUACAGCAGGAUUUUUCAGUCCGAAGAAUAAGAAGGAUGAUGUUGUUUUAGUAGUUGAAUUUGAUAAAGAUGAUGGCACCAAGGUCUUAAUCUCCCCAAAAGAAUCUGAAAUUGCGAAGGGAAAAUCAAAAUCAGGGUAUAUUUGUGAUCUCAAAGACAAGUUAUACGAAAAAGUAGAGCCAAAUAAUAUGGGUCAAGGGAUGUCGAGUCCGGCUGCCUAUGUGAGUCGUCAAGAUGAUGAAGAAAAUGGUGAAUUAUUUCAUACUAAGACAAGUGCUAGAGAGUUAGUUUGUGACGCCUUUGGCAAGUGCAAAGAAAAAAUUGCUAUUGCUCUGGGAAGAAACAAAGACAAGGCUUCAGAAAAAGCCCAUGAAGCUGCUGAUCAAGUUGAAGAUGCCGUUACAGGAGCCCCAGAUAAGGCGAAGGAGAUAGUUGAGCAAGUUCAAGAAAAAGCCAAGGAUGUUGUUGACACGACAAAGAGAAAAAUGGAGCACGCGAAAGAAGAAAUAUCUGAGAAAACACAACAAGUGAAAGAAGGUGGGAAGGAGGACUUGAAAGAUAUCCUCGAGCGAGGACGUUUAUUCUUCCGUGAUGUAUUUGCGUAUACCUUCUCGCUGGAGCAUUUGUAUCCUGUGAUGCGUUUGACACAUUUUCUGGGAUUUACAAUGGCUUAUGGGAUGUGUAUUUGGGUAACAUUUGUUUCAAGUCAUGUGCUGGCUAGAGCUUUGCCAAGGCAGCAAUUUGCACUUGUUCAAAGCAGGAUUUACCCUGUCUACUUCAAGCUCAUGGCUUAUUGCGUUGGCGCAGCAUUCCUCGCCCAUUUUCUAAGCCAAAAACGUCGACCUUAUGCCAACUCGGCUGAAGCGGUUCAAGGUUUCAAUCUUCUAGCGUCCAUCUCCAUGCUUUUGAUCAAUUUGCUAUACUUGGAGCCUCGAGCCACAAAGGUUAUGUUUGAGAGAUUGAAGUUAGAGAAGGAAGAAGGCAGAGGUAUACACAUAUCCAACAGUGAACAAAGCAGUAGAGGAGUGGAGUCUAUAUUGGAUCCUACGAGGACAAAGACGACCAGUCAGACAACAACAACAACUAAACAGGCAGAAAUGUCUCCAGAGCAGUCCGCCCAAUCGGUGAAAUUAAGCCAGAAGCUUAACAAGUUGAACUCAUAUUCAUCCUUUCUUAACGUGCUGACACUUAUGGCUCUUACUCACCAUCUUGUUCACCUUACACUGCUACUCGAUGCCAUCAGCAGCUGAAGCGCUCGCACUCUGAUGCUGUCAUUUUCCGCAAGUAUUAAUACAUGGUUUGAUUGAUCAGCUAGCGUAUGCUGUUUUUUUUUUCUUUGUUAGUUAUUAUGGUAGAUGUCAUUCCCACUGUGUAGUUGCGUUAGUCCGUCUUUAUGAUUUUUUUUAACUUUUGUCUUAGUAUUGUUCUUUCCUUUGCUGUUUGUAUACAAAAAAUUUAAGCCCUCUUGGGGCAUAAGGACUUUGCUUUUUUUUUUUUUUUUUUACAAAAUAAUAUAGUG